CGAUGCCAAAAUGUCAUGUGGGUGUCAGUGUCAUCUGUAUAUCGGCACGUUCAUAUUGAUUUCUCUCCUAAUUUCAUCAUACCACAUAUACGUAGUUGGGUUCUGCUUCUCUAUCGAAAUGUCCGUGACAAAAUGGCUCCUCAAUCUAAUAUCCUUCAAUAUCCUUUUCGUAAUGAUGAUUUGGUCUUUAUUAUAUACCAUGUUCGAACCAAUAGCGAUGCCACCAGCAGAGUAUAAAUUGACUGAAGACGAGUUGAAAUUAUAUGUUGAAAGUGCUGAUGAUGAGAAGAAUUAUGUGCUGCUUGAAGUCUACAAUUCCCGAUAUUUCACACUGAAGACCAGGACACUGCAUGGGUUCUUGAGGUACUGCAGAAUCUGCAAGUUGCUGAAACCUGACCGAGCUCACCAUUGUUCGACUUGUGGAGUCUGCGUUUUGAAAAUGGACCACCACUGUCCUUGGUUGAAUAAUUGCAUCGGAUACACAACACAAAAAUCUUUCUUAUUGUGUUUAUUUUACUGCACUUCAUACUGUGUUUUCUUCAUGGGGACAACAUACCGAACUUUUUCAUAUUACUGGCAAUCAAAGACAAGAAGAAAUAUCCACGUGCCUGCUGUUAUUGGAUUCUUCAUAGCAGCAGUCCUUGGCUCAAUAACAGGAAUAUUCUUGUGUUUUCACGUCAUGUUGAUGUUCAAGAAUAAAACCACCAUUGAGAAUUCGUCAAAUCCAUCCAUAUUUGUGAGUCGAAACCAUACCUUCGAUCUCGGUUCAUACAGAAACCUAACUGAUGUUAUGGGAAAGAAUUGGAUAGCGUGGUUCUUUCCAGGAUUUUCGGGUGAAGGUGAUGGUUGUUAUUUCGAAACCAGAAAAUUAUGUAUCCGUCGAGGCUCUCACACAUCUUUGGCAAGCAGAUUAUCACGUGCAAGCCUCAGGUCGCACAUUUCUCAUGUUCCUGGGACUGAAACUAUGCACGGACGCCCAACAUUGAGAUUGUAUAGAUUCAAUCUUCCUCCAAUUGAUAAAGCAAUCCAACGACAGGAAGAAAAUGUGAUAUCCUCAGAUGAAGAAAUCGAUACUUUGUUCAGAACUUUCUCUGAAUGAACUAUGGAGAGCUGCGAGGAAACAGUUGCAUGAUUAUUAUUAUGAUUAAACUCCAAGUAUGAAACACAUGCCUGAUAAUUAGUUUGAACAUUAUAAGUAAACAGAAUCAAUGAAUGUAAUAUAAACAUUUCGAUAGAGUAAGCACUCGAAUGUGUAUAAAUUGGGAAUCCUUGUUACAUUCACCGUCGAUCUAGAUGGUUUCUGAUAGGGAAGUCAGCUAUUAAAAUAGGCUGAACAAUAAAA